AUGAUUAAUCCUGAGGAACAAUUUUAUUGGCAACAAUGGGAAAACUUCAAUGUUAAUUUUUGGGCUUUGCGCAUGUGCCUACUUUCAGUACUUGGAUACAAAACAAUAAAAUUAAAGGAACUGCUAAAGGGAGCAUUGUAUUCAGAUUUAGAUAUGGAUGAGGAUGUUGAUAUUCCAGAUUAUAAUUCCAUUCAAGUGCAUUACCUUAGUAAACGAUACCCAUUCGAUGAUAAUAUUUUAUAUUCUAAUAGUCAAUCAUGUGAAAUUUCACAUUAUGACAAUAAUAAGAUUUAUAAAAAUGGCGAAGAUGCAGAGUGUGAUAGAUUUUCUUUUCUAAUAAUCAACCGUGGGCAACCAAUGUUAUUGGCAUUACAAAUGAAAUGGCGAGACCUGGAAUCAGAGAAUCCACAAAAAAUUCACGAUAAGUUGAUUAGUAACGAAUAUAAUAAAGUUAAGGACUUCGCAAGAAAUAUUGGGUUGGAUAACUGGCUGUUGAUAAUCCUGUCAAACUGUUCGAGCACAUUUAACAAAACUCUACUACCAACAAGAUGCGCAAUUGUUGACAAAAAUAAUUUUACAGAGUUUUAUGGAAAGAUAUAUUCAUCUUGGGCCCAAUUUGCUGCUG